AUGGUCAACGUCUUUGCAGUCCAGGUCUUCUUCAUCGUCUUCCGAGAAUGUCUCGAAGCGAUCGUCGUCUUAUCUGUUCUAUUCUCCUUUCUUAAACAAUGUCUUGACACACCUGACCAAGACCCUGCAAUCUACAAACGCCUAAGGCGACAUGUCUGGAUUGGCGCCUUCUCGGGUGUGGGUAUCUGCUUGAUUAUCGGCGGUGCUUUCAUCGGCGUCUUUUAUGGCCUGGGCCGCGAUAUUUGGUCUCAGUCCGAGGACCUUUGGGAAGGUAUUUUCUACUUGAUUGCCACCGUCAUCAUCACCGUCAUGGGCCUCGCUCUUCUGCGUAUCAACAAGAUGCAAGAUAAAUGGCGCCAAAAGAUUGCUGAGGCUCUGGCUGCACAUGCCAAGCGCUCGAAAACCAAGCAUCGGGACCGCUUUGGUGUCUGGAUAGGGGAUUGGUCCCGUCGGCACGUCAUGUUCAUCUUACCAUUCAUUACGACUCUGCGUGAAGGCAUCGAGGCCAUCGUCUUCGUUGGCGGAGUCUCCUUGGGCCUCCCCGCCAAGUCCUUCCCACUGCCCGUCAUUUGCGGUAUUCUCGCAGCUCUCCUCAUCGGCUAUCUGCUAUACCGUGGUGGCAACGCCAUGUCGAUACAAAUAUUCCUAAUUGCGUCGACAAGCGUACUAUACUUGAUUGCUGCGGGCAUGUUUUCCAAGGCAGUAUGGUAUCUGCAAUACCACGGGUUUGCUCAGAAGGUUGGCAGCGAUGUCGCAGAGGUCGGAAGCGGGGACGGUUCCUACAAUAUCAGGCAGACUGUAUACCAUGUUAACUGCUGCAAUCCGGAAACGGAUAACGGAUGGGAUGUGUUCAACGCUAUCUUGGGCUGGCAGAACACUGGCACUUACGGCUCCAUCAUUUCUUACAAUGUCUACUGGCUGUUUUUGAUACUUUGCAUCUUCGCCCUGCUCUUCGAGGAGCGGACAGGUCACCUGCCUUUCUCGAAGCAGGCGCACAAGGUCCUAAUCCAUAUCCCGGGAUACAAAAGUUACAAGAAGAGAGCCAAUACGGCGGUUGUUGAUCCAGCUGUUGUUCUCCAGGAGGUCCGAGCCCAAGGAGUUCUCGCUACAGAAUAA